UUGGCAGAAAGGGGUCGGAACGCGAAAUUAGUCGCUUAAUUUGAUAAUGGGAAAUAUUUUGUAACCCGUUUUAACCAUUCAGACUGUACUUGAUGUAUAGGCUUAUAGAGUUGAUUUAGUAAAAAACGCGAAACUUGAGUGGGAGCAGAAAAAAAGAGGCGGAAAAUGGCCGUUAGCCGCGUCCUUUGAAGUAUUUUCGCUGUGAUCUUUUUUUCCUCUGGAUUAGAGCCACUAAAUGCAGAGCGAGGAGCGGCCGCUUAUUGAGGUGCAAAGCCUGAUGUUUUUUUCGGGUCAGGAGGAGACCUGUGCACCCACCAAAGAUCUUGUGAAGUACGGGGAGCUCGUUGUUCUCGGGUACAAUGGAUCUCUCCCAAGCGGAGACCGAGGAAGGAGAAGGAGCCGUUUUUCACUGUACAAGAGAGUCAAGGCCAACGGUGUCAAACCAAGCACCGUACACAUCCUUAACAACCCACAGGCCAGCAAGGCUGUAAACUGUAAGGGUCAGCACAGUAUCUCCUACACUCUGUCCAGAAACCACACUGUGGUUGUGGAGUACAGCCAUGACAAAGAUACGGACAUGUUCCAGAUUGGACGAUCAACAGAGAGCCCCAUUGACUUUGUGGUGACGGACACAGUGUCUGGGGGUACAGACGGCGAGGAUUCUCCCAUCACGCAGAGCACCAUCUCGCGCUUCGCCUGCCGUAUCGUGUGCGAACGUAACCCUCCAUACACUGCACGCAUCUAUGCUGCAGGCUUCGACACUUCCAAGAACAUCUUCCUCGGGGAAAAAGCAGCUAAAUGGAAAAAUCCAGACGGCCAGAUGGAUGGACUGACGACCAACGGUGUGCUGGUGAUGCAUCCGCGUGGCGGCUUCACAGAGGAGUCCAAGCCUGGCGUGUGGCGAGAGAUAUCCGUGUGUGGAGACGUAUAUACGCUGAGAGAGACUCGCUCUGCACAGACACGAGGCAAACUGGUUGACAGUGAGAGUAACGUGCUGCUGGACGGUUCUUUGGUGGACCUGUGUGGUGCCACGCUACUGUGGCGCACGGCUGAAGGGUUGUUUCACGCACCCACUCAGAAACACCUGGAGGCCCUGCGCCAGGAGUUGAAUGCUGCCCGGCCACAGUGCCCUGUUGGCCUCAACACCCUGGCUUUUCCCAGCAUGCAUCGGUCCAGCCGGGCACUUCCCAGUAUCGCCCAGCAGCAGGACAAGCAGCCCUGGGUCUAUCUGGCAUGUGGGCAUGUGCAUGGCUACCAUGAGUGGGGCCACAGCACAGAGCGUGAACCUAACAACAAACGCGAGUGCCCCAUGUGUAGGGCUGUGGGGCCGUACGUGCCACUGUGGCUCGGCUGUGAACCAGCCUUCUACGUGGACUCGGGAGCGCCUACGCACGCCUUCGUACCUUGCGGUCAUGUUUGCUCAGAGAAGUCAGCCCGCUACUGGUCUGAAAUUCCCUUACCGCAUGGUACACACGCUUUCCAUGCUGCAUGCCCAUUCUGUGCCACACAGCUCAGUGUCACACAGGGAUGUGCUAAACUCAUCUUCCAGGGCCCUAUAGACUGAGUUUGCAGAGCAGAGUUGGGGAGAUAUCUAAGGAUUGGUUGGAUUCAGAUGGAAUUCUUCUUUGAUGAGAAGACGAGAGAGAGAGAAAAAAAAGAGCAAAAACAGCAAUGGACUUUUGCACACAACAAGCCAUGAAGCCAUGCUCAUAUCCUUACAUACGACUUCCAGUGGAAAUUUUAUUCUCCAUCAGAGGUUACUUUGGAGAUCGGCAAGACUGUUGGCCGUGACAGUGAGGCAGUUUUAUUUAGCAUAAGCUGUUGGAUGAGUUAAUCCGCAGGUAUCGAAUCCCAGCAGCACUGUGAGAACAACAGAUUUUGAGCAUUUCCUCAAUACACUGAUUUUUAACUAGUUAGUCGAAGAAGCAGCAGGUCAGUUUAGAAGUCAUUAAGUUAUAAUUAAUACUACAACUGUUUGGGGGAUAGUUUUUUUUUUCCCAUUAAUCAAUAGUCUAAUACAGUAUUACAUGUUUAUAGAAUUAAAUGAUCAACAAUAAUGUUUGCUUUGGAUUCAGAGUACCAAAAUCUGGUUUUCCAAAGAUAAACUGGCUGCUAAAACUGGACUGUUGAAAUCAAUUCAUGCCAGACCGAAGACAAAAUCACAUCGCUCCCAGUCACUGCUUGAUCGUGUGCACUAUUCUGCAUUAUUAAAAUAGGUCUAAGGGGCUUAGAUUUCUGGGUGAUUUUUUUUUUUUGUUUGUUUGUUGUUGUUUUUUUUGGUUCUGUUUUGGACAUUUAACUCUGUAACAUUUCCUUUCAUGUCGCUUUUCCAGUCUGGGAAUUUUAUUGUACUGUAAAGUGUGAACCAUUUUUGUUACGAGUGAAGGAACAGUAUGCAGCUGGGGUUAAUCGUGAACAUCCACGUUCCUGUAAAUAACAACCAUGAUGUAGAAGUUGCUUUAAACCAAAACCUUAUAAGCUCGGUGAUUCUGGAAGUUCGACAGCUGUGAAACAAACAGGCUACUGCCAUUGAUGAGCCGAUUUCCCACUUCUUCUUAUCAAUUUAACUUUUCUCACCAGUGAAACUUUAAUUACUAAUAGGAAGUGAAACAUUGUUUUAUAAGUUUGUUUUAAAAUGAAAGAAACUUGUCUUCUAUUUUCUUAACCUUUGUACAGAGAAAGUUUUUAGUUCUGGCAAAUGGGGGAGUCUUUUUUUUUUUUUUUUUUUUUUUAAUUGCGGUUUGAAUGAGUUAUUUUAAUCAAAAAUGGGUUUAUUGCUUUUGAAAAACAUUAUAAAAGAUUUCAUUCAAAGUA